AUGGGAUAUCACUUUGCUUAUCCAAGGAAUACUACAUUGUCGAUCGGAUAUGAAAUUGUGGGGAGCUGUAAUGGGCUUCUCUGCAUUGUCGAUGAUGAAAAUAUAUUUCACUUGUGGAACCCAUCCACUAGAAUAAUCUCCAAGAAACUGCCAGAAAUUUCACUUGUUAAUUAUCUCGACGAUUUUGAUAAUUUCGGGUUCGGUUGGGUUGAAUCGAGUGAUGAGUACAAGGUGUUUGUGAAUGUGGUUAAAUCUGACUCCAGCGUCGGUGAAAUUUAUAGUACAAGGACAAAAUCAUGGAAAACAAUUGAUCUCUGCCCAUAUUUCCUUCCAUUUAGGAAGGGGGGAGUGUUUGCAGGUGGGAAGCUUUACUGGAUGUACGAAGAUGAUAAAGUUAUUAUUUUCUUGGACUUGAAGAGUGAGGAGUUUGGAAGGAUUGAGAUUCCCUUUGAUCAAGAGAUGUAUGGAGAGUUUGAACAAGAUAAUUACGGCAUUGUGGGUGUGCUUGGUGGUUUCGUUUGUGUGCUAUGUUUUAAUUAUCAGAUUAGAGGCUAUCGAGUUUGGGUUACGAAGGAGUCUUGGGAGAAAGUGUUGACUCUUUCUCAUCUUCUCGAGCUUCUUCAACCACCAUUGGUGAAAGGUCUAAAUGGAGACAUUUUGGUAAACUGUGGAUCCACUGUGGUGGUCUAUGAUUGUCAGGAUAAUGUGUUCCGCGACCUCAAGUAUUGUUCCUGUUGUGAGGAUUCUGAGUUCAACAGCCACGAGGAUUGUGUCGAUUCAAUUUCACAUGAUGUCUAUGUUGAAAGUUUAGUCUCGCCAGAAGAUUUUUGA